CGUUGCAGCAGCUGGAGGAAGGGGAGGCCAUUUUCCGUUUCUAGGAAGAGUGAGGGGCAGGGCAGGGGGAAGAGGAAGGGGUGGAAAAGGGCUCGGCGCCUCCCCGCCGGGCCGUCCCCAGAAAGGCGUUUUCGGCAGGCGGGCGAGGUCGCCGAGGGCCCCAAGGAGAUGUUUUCCCUGUCCAGCACGGUGCAGCCCCAGGUUACAGUUCCUCUAAGCCAUCUCAUCAAUGCCUUUCACUCACCCAAAAACACAUCUGUUUCUAUCAGUACAUCCGUUUCUCAAAACCAGCAUCGCGAUGUAGCCCCUGAACAUGAGGCCUGCAGCAGUGAGUCUGUACUUAACUUAAGGGACCUAGGAUUAUCUGAAUUAAAAAUUGGGCAAAUUGAUCAACUGGUAGACAGUCUACUUCCUGGAUUUUGUAAAAGCAAAAAUGCCUCUUCCCAUUGGCAUACAUCACACGUCUCUGCACAAUCCUUCUUUGAAAAUAAAUAUGGUUACCUAGAUAUGUUUGGUACUCUUCGUUCCUCUUGCUUGUACAAACAGCACUCAAGAACUCUGAAAAGUAUCUGUUCAGAUCUUCAGUACUGGCCAGUUUUCAUACAGUCCCGGGGCUUUAAAACUUUGAAAUCCAGGACGCGACGCCUGCAGUCCACCUCUGAAAGACUAGCAGAAGCCCAGCACAUAACUCCAUCUUUUGUCAAGGGAUUUCUCUUAAGGGACAGAGGAUCAGAUGUUGAAAAUUUGGACAAACUUAUGAAAACCAAAAAUAUACCUGAAGCUCAUCAAGAUGCAUUUAAAACUGGUUUUGCAGAGGGUUUUCUGAAAGCUCAAGCACUAACACAAAAAACCAAUGACUCUCUAAGGCGGACUCGGAUGAUUCUUUUUGUUCUGCUUCUACUUGGCAUAUAUGGACUCCUAAAAAACCCAUUUUUAUCUGUUCGAUUCCGGACAACAACGGGGUUGGAUUCUGCAGUUGAUCCUGUCCAGAUGAAAAAUGUCACCUUCGAACAUGUUAAAGGAGUGGAGGAAGCCAAACAAGAAUUACAGGAAGUUGUUGAAUUCUUGAAAAAUCCACAAAAAUUUACUGUACUUGGAGGUAAACUCCCAAAAGGAAUUCUUUUAGUUGGACCACCAGGGACUGGAAAGACACUUCUGGCUAGAGCUGUGGCUGGAGAAGCUGAUGUUCCUUUUUAUUAUGCAUCUGGGUCAGAAUUUGAUGAGAUGUUUGUGGGUGUGGGAGCCAGCCGUAUAAGAAAUCUUUUUAGGGAAGCAAAAGCAAAUGCUCCUUGUGUUAUAUUUAUUGAUGAAUUAGAUUCUGUUGGUGGGAAGCGAAUUGAAUCUCCAAUGCAUCCGUAUUCAAGGCAGACUAUAAAUCAACUUCUUGCUGAAAUGGAUGGUUUUAAACCCAAUGAAGGAGUAAUCAUCAUUGGAGCUACAAACUUUCCAGAGGCUUUAGAUAAUGCCUUAAUACGUCCUGGUCGUUUUGACAUGCAAGUUACUGUUCCAAGGCCCGAUGUGAAAGGUCGAACAGAAAUUUUGAAAUGGUAUCUCAAUAAAAUAAAGUAUGAUCAGUCUGUUGACCCAGAAAUCAUCGCUCGUGGUACGGUUGGCUUUUCCGGAGCAGAGUUGGAGAAUCUUGUGAACCAAGCAGCAUUGAAGGCAGCUGUUGAUGGGAAAGAAAUGGUUACCAUGAAGGAACUAGAAUUUUCCAAAGAUAAAAUUUUAAUGGGGCCUGAACGUAGAAGUGUGGAGAUUGAUAACAAAAACAAAACCAUUACUGCGUAUCAUGAGUCUGGUCAUGCCAUUAUUGCCUAUUACACUAAAGAUGCAAUGCCUAUCAACAAAGCCACAAUCAUGCCACGAGGGCCAACGCUCGGACAUGUUUCUCUGCUGCCUGAGAAUGACAGGUGGAAUGAAACGAGAGCUCAGCUUCUUGCCCAGAUGGAUGUCAGCAUGGGCGGGAGAGUGGCCGAGGAACUCAUAUUUGGAAGUGAUCAUAUUACCACAGGUGCUUCUAGUGAUUUUGAUAAUGCAACUAAAAUAGCAAAGCGGAUGGUUACCAAAUUUGGAAUGAGUGAAAAGCUUGGAGUUAUGACCUACAGUGAUACAGGAAAACUGAGCCCAGAAACUCAGUCUGCUAUUGAACAAGAAAUAAGGAUCCUUCUAAGGGAUUCAUAUGAAAGGGCGAAACAUAUCUUGAAGACUCAUGCAAAAGAGCACAAGAACCUAGCAGAAGCUUUAUUGACCUAUGAGACUUUGGAUGCCAAAGAAAUUCAAAUAGUUCUUGAGGGGAAGAAAUUGGAAGUGAGAUGAUAACUCUCCUGUGAUGGAUGUAUUGCUGGUUUUAUUGCAAGAAUAUAAGUAGCAUUGCAGUACUCUUUUGCAACGCUCCCCCCCCCCCCAUUUUUGACCGCUAUCACUCAAGCGUGAAACAUUGUCAAUCUUUAUCACAUUUAUCUAAUUUUGGUUAUUCUUAUGAUCACACCUAUUGCAAAAUAGUAACCUAUAGCAAAUAUGUUAAAGAAAAUAAAGAACUAUCAGGAUUGAAAACAUCUUGUUUGAGAAAUGUCCGUCAGUUAUUAAAUAGAAAAUCAGUAAAGAAUUUUAUGGUUGGUUACUCUAUUAGAUGCGAAUAAAAAUUGUGCCUUUAGUUUC